AAACGCGUCGUUGCAUGCCGGUGUUUUGAGCCAGCUUCAGGAAAUAAUGCGUAACAAGAAAGCUUAUCUCCAAAAGGACGGGCUCGCGCCUGGACAGAUUUAUAUCCUGUAACAUCUCCACCAGGUUGCUAUUGUCCUGUAAACAAAGUGGCUAGCUAGCGUGGUUAGCAUCAGCUGUAAAGCCAAGUGGGAGGCUGGACCUUGUUCGCCGUGUCUGUGUUUGCCUAACCUGGCGUGAGCACUGGUGGAUUGUUCUCAAGAAGAAACGGGUGUCUGCUUUUUGUUAGUGCUGCACCUCAAGAAGAAGCUGAUGACUGGUCCGGUUUAUGGAAGAAAUCACACUGAGCAAAGCUGCUUCUGAAGAAUGUAGCUAGGUGGGGUAGCGAGGCUUCUGGUAAAUUAGUCUUUCCUCUAAGGUUAGCCUUCUUCCUGUUAUGCGACAUGUUCAAGCUACACGUGGAUACUUAUAGGACAAGAGAAAUCUGUGGAUGCAGAGCGUGAGAGGUGGUCUUCACCAAAGUUGUGUCUGCUGGAUUUGAAACAUUGGGUGGGUGGGUGUUUAAAAAAAGGGUGGCUGUUUGUAUGGAUGCGCCUGACUGCAUGCAGAAUUAGGAGAUUGGCCUGAUGGAAAAGAGAGACAGAAAGCCGGGAUAUUUUGCAAGGCUGAAAAGGCGGAGACAGCUCAAACAGAACCAAUCAGAAAAGAAUGUGAAUGAGCAGAACCCGGCGAUCAUUUCCUGUCCAGACAUCCAGAACGACAGCGACCCAAACAGGAAGACGGACCCCCAGAGAAUAACAGAGAAGCCACCAGUUGGCUCUGAUGAUGUCCUUAAGAGUAACGUUCAGACAAAGAGGGAGAAGAAGAGGCCACCAGGGACUGUGGAGUUCAUUGUUGGACCCGAUGAUUCCCUUAACAGCAUUGCACUCAAGUUCAACAUCACCCCAAACAAACUGGUCCAGCUCAACAAGCUCUUCUCACGCAGUGUUUACACCGGUCAGAAGCUGUUUGUCCCUGAUGUAAACCAGACAGAAACUGACUUGAAGUCUCCGAGUUCAGCUGAUCCUUUCCUCACUAAUGGCUCAUCAGAGAAAGCAUCACAUGAUGGCAUUUCAAACAACACCUCAGCAAACUCCAUCAGACGUGAGCUCUCCCCACACUCAGAGGACGAGAGCCCAGCUACUGUUAAAUUCAUCAAGAUGAGCUGCAAAUAUUUCACAGAUGGCAUGGGAGUAGUGGGAGGAGUCCUGAUUGUGACCCCGAACAACAUCAUGUUUGAUCCCCACAAGUCCGACCCCCUUGUGAUCGAGCAUGGCUGUGAGGAGUAUGGCCUGAUCUGCCCCAUGGAGGAGGUGAUCUCUGUGGCACUGUACGACGAUGUGUCCCGCAUGAAACUCAAAGAUGCUCUGCCAUCAGAUGUACCCCAGGAUUUGUGUCCUGUGUACAGGCCCGGCGAGUGGGAGCAACUGCCAUCAGAGCGAGACCUGAACCCUUUCAGUCGUUACGAGGCUGUUGAUAAAAAGCGACCAAUUGUGUUGGAUGACAUUGAAUCCACCCUCUCUGAAACUGUGAGCACAGAGAGCGAACAGGCAGAGAAAUCUCCAUCAGACGAAGGCUUCACAGACUUGGAGCCGACUGUUAACGGCAGCACUGAAGACUCUGAGGGGACGUCCUCAAAAACCCCCGUCAUUGUUAACACAGACCUGCAGGAACUGGGGCUGAGUCGCCCAGACCAGGGAGAAACUCAGGACAAACCAAGGCUUUGUCAAACUAAAGGGAAGUUAGAUGAUGAAGAGGAUGAGGGCGUAGCUCAAAACAGCUCUGUAGAGGAUGGUGAGUUGAUACAGUCCUUUUUAGAGACUGAGAAUCAGGGUGACCCACUGGAGGUAACUGAAACCAAAGAAAAGACACCUAAAGGGACCGAAGUGCUGCUAAAUGGUGCACAUGAUAAACUAAUCUCUGCACCGAUGGACCAAAAGAGAAUGUCGAGUCUGGGCGAGGCUGCAGAGGUUUGUGAGAGAAGACAAAGCCCAGAUGGACCAGCAGAGGGUGCUGAAGUCAGCGAGGAGGAGAGACGCAAGAAAAGCUACGAGGCAGAAGUGAAGUCAUGGCUGCUUGAAAGGAUGCAGGCUCCAAUAGAAGACAUGCUUCUGUCAUCUGAAGAGAAAAGUAAAAACCCUCCAAUGUUCCUCUGCUUUAAAGUGGGAAAGCCAAUGAGGAAGUCCUUUGCCUCUGGGAUGACUUCAAGUCCCGCCCACUCAUUUGGAGGGCGGGGUAAACAGCCAGAGUACUGGUUUGCUGUUCCACAGGAGAGGGUGGACCAUCUGUAUGCGUUUUUUGUCCAGUGGUCUCCAGAUGUUUACGGGAAGGAAGCUCGAGAGCAGGGUUUUGUCGUGGUCGAAAAAGAUGAGCUGGACAUGAUUGAUAACUUCUUCAGUGACCCUGCAUCCUGCAGCUGGGAGAUCAUCACCAUUGAUGAGGCAAAGCGCAGGCAGAGUUUUGGCAGCUGUGACGGGGACUUGUCUGUGGAUGCUCUGCCCAUGCUCAGUGACACGAGCGAUCUGCUGCAGGACACACACAUCGAAAAGCUUGCCUGUCGCCUGCCAGCCCGUGUGCAGGGUUAUCCAUGGAGACUGGCCUACAGCACAGUGAGACACGGGACCAGCCUGAAGACCCUGUACAGAAGCCUGGCAGAGGUGGACAGUCCUGUGCUGCUGGUCAUCAAAGACAUGGACUACCAGAUAUUUGGGGCUUUCUCGACUCAUCCAUUCAAAGUGAGUGAACACUGCUAUGGCACAGGAGAAACUUUCCUCUACAGCUUCUGUCCUGAGAUAACGGUUUACCGCUGGACGGGGGAGAAUUCUUACUUUGUUAAGGGAAACACAGAUUCUCUGCAGAUGGGAGGAGGAGGUGGUCAGCUGGGUCUGUGGCUGGAUGCUGAGCUGUACCGAGGCACCACCACUAAAUGCGCCACCUUCAACAACCAGCCACUCUCUGCCCAGCAGGACUUCAACAUCCACAGUCUGGAGGUUUGGACCUUUGAAUAGCUUCAUCUGCUACGGCUACUUCUACACUCACCCUCCACUCCUGAGACGCCCCUGCACAGAGCUAAUUACGCACCUCACAGAUGCUAACCAAGCUACCCCAACAAUGACACGAAACGAAAGCUGACUGAAAACAGAAUGGAAAGCCUUCUAUGGCCUGUUUUGAAAGAGGGUUUGAUCUGCAGGUUGGUUCACCUUUACUGUUUGAGAAAAUGCUAUUGCUCUCAGUUCAUUGGCUGCCUUAGACAUCUGACAACGCCUCCAGCUUUCCCAGCAUGCAGACUGCCUUACCACCAAAAGCUUAUGAGGAGAGAAAGGGGGUAAAGCUGCUGAUGUUGCCCCUCAAAAGAGCUGAUUUUACAUGACUGUGAACGAAGGUGUCCCAUAUUGCAAUAGGUGUUUCGGUGCAUAUUCAUGUUUGGGAAUGUACAGGAUUAUGUGCUGAAGAAGUUAAGGAUGGUAGUUUUUAUGAUGAUGAAUUUUUAAACUUGAAGGAAGGGGAAUUUAUAGGGGAGAUUUUUGAACCCUCCACCAUGAAAAUUUCACUGCAGGAAAUCUUCUAAUUGUUUACAAUGGGAGUGUUACACCUCCUCUGAAGGCUAUCUUUGUUUUUAUUUUCAGUUUUAGAUGAUCUGAAUGAGAAUGUCCCAUUCCAUUUCCUCAUUUUUGUAAGAUUUACAUUCCCCGCGUACAAUCCAAAAGAUGUUUAAAAGCCAGGAAACAUUUGAAAUGACCAAAAAUUAUAUAUUUUAAUUCUUAUGUGUUGUGAGUUUGUCAUAUUUUAUAGAAUAUUUUAGAAGUUUUAUUUUUACAUUGUUUUUACAAAAAUGCUCAUUUUUUUAUGGUCAUGCUUUUAUUAAAAUGUUAUGUUAUGUUAAACAUUUCUGUUUUGAUUGGACCUAACAAGCACUAGAAAUAACUGUUGUCAGUAUUGAACUCAGAUGUCGGCAAAUGUAUCUCUGAAGAUUUCAUUUGUGUUUGUAGUUCAGAGUCAGUGAAAGUUAAACAUGACAUCACUUUGCACUACAGGAUUAACAGACUGUCAACGCCGUACAGUGAUCUGUGUAAUUAAGCAGUUCUUCAAUGUAAAAUUGUUACUGAAUGUCGUUCGAUCACCACUACAAGAGGCCGAAAGUUUGCCUCUGUUUCACUUAAAAAUGGCAAAAAAGGGAUCAUUUGUUUUUGCACUUUGGUGUGCCACUAACUAAAGGUUCAGAUCUACUAACAUGGAAAAGAAAUGUUCAUUUACGUCCUGUGAAUCUGACGCAGGCUUGUAGUGCAUGAAUGUUCAAUACUGCAAAUGUAUCACACCACAGUUAUGAAAGCUGCCAUACAAACUAUUCACUAAUGCCAGUUAUCGCUUCAUGUGAAAAUGAGCUGUGUUGUCUGUAGCUAUUCAGUGUUGUAACUGUGAAUGCUUCCUGAGUAUUAUUUCAUGUGAAUCCAAACUGCUGGUCUGUGAUAUAUCACUAAGGAUCUAUUUAUUGUGUUGUUAUUGCAACUACAUUUAAGCCUAAAUAAAUGUUGAA